AUGACGCCGCCGGACAGACAGCUGACAAAGUCGACGACGACGCCCAUGACGCCGACCCCCCCCCCCGGCGGAACUGGACCGAGAGCCGGGUCCUCCCAAGAGGGCCGACGACCCGUUCAAUUUCGACGUCUGCGCAGACUUCAUGACGCCCUUCGUGGAGGACGCGAUGCUGAGCUCGGAAACGCCCGCCGUGAUCCCGGACGUCAUCUGCGGACCAGUCGAACCCCAUCCGGUCGAACCCCAUUGACCUUUCUUGCCGACACUGCCACGGGCUUGGGCUACUCGGAAGGAGCCAUGUUGGGAAGUACGAUCGGACUUUUAACCGUUUUCGGAAAUAUAAUUUUGGGGUAUUUGGGGGACAAGAAGUGGGCAAAUUCCGUGACGAUUUAUGGCUUGUGUAUUUCCAUUUGUGGCAUCGUGACUGGCCUGAUGCCCUGCCUCUUUGGAAAGUUGUUCAGCAUGGGGCUCACCUACUACUUCCUCGUCUUGCUCUGCGGAGUCUUUGGCUUGAUGAUUGCGGCAAAUUACUCACUCACACCCGUCAUCCUUCUUCAAGUCGUCAGUUUGGAAAAGUUUACCCCCGCGUACGGUCUCCUCCUACUCGUGCAAGGGAUCGGAAACUGAUCGGACCACCCAUCGCUGGCCUCCUGUACGACUACACGGGAAAGUACGCCUGGUCAUUUUGGAUCGCUGGGGGUGGAAUCUUCAUCUCCAACUUUUUCAUUCCCCGCCCUAAUCUAUCAACGCCAUCAAGCCCGGUACGAAGAGUCGACUUGGGACAUUUCCGCCAGUCGCAGCAGUGGACGCAGCAGCAGCAGCAGUUGUGAAGAAGGACGGGUUCAGAUCAUGGCGAUCGUGAUCGUGGUCUCUGACGCCACCACACCCGCCGCACGGACAUUCAUCCUGCAGUACAAGGAGGCAGGAGCAGGUGUGAUAAAUAAUGGCACGGCAGAGACGAAGAUAAGCAAUAACAAUUCGUCGUGAUAAGGUAGAGCCAAAUAUUUGAUAAUUUGUACUAA